AUGACGAUUCGUUCGGUUCCCGGCUUUGUUUUUAUUGCUCUAGGAGCUUUAGCAUCCCAAGUCACAGCUGAAGAGAGUCUCUCGCCCCACCUUGUUCCCCUCUCCUAUGAUCUAACAGUUAAAAUCCCAGUGUUAGAACGCUAUGACGGUUUCAUCGCUUCCGUUGUGCUUCACUUUAACCUCACCACAGUUACUCCUAAUAUCACACUUCACGCUAGGAAUCUACAUUCCAUGAAAAAGGUUUCUGUUAUUUGUUCAAAUGAUUCUUUCGAGCCGAUUUUGCGAAGUAUCAGAUCACUUAAAGAGACAGUGGAAUUCACAUUCGUGAAUCCACUACUACCAGGCCAAUAUCUGCUCACAAUUGGUGAAUACAAUGGACGACUUAGCAAUGCUUCGAGUGGCGUAUUCCACAGAAACCGCACCCUCUUUACCAGCCAUCUACAACCGAACUUCGCUCGAGAACUUCUUCCAUGUGUGGACAAUCCAUCGGCAAAAGCUGUCUUCAGAAUGACAGUGAUUCACCCGACAGGAACUUUUGCACAUUCGAAUACUAUCGUCAACAAUGUUCAUAUGGUGGACUCUCGUUGGCAGAAGACAGUCUUCGCCCCAACCCUUGCCCUUCCUGCCUACUUACUUACCUUCUCACUGCUGACGAAAUCCUAUGAAGAGGUGGGGAUUACACCUGAUUUUUUGUCCACUAAAUCGUGA